AAAUGGAUGAAUACCGCGAUGAUCAAGUGUGGCGGCUCUGCUGGAAGAUAUAUCGCGAACACCUACGAAGAUGUUUGCGGGCUGAAACGAGACGGUAUUCGACGGAUCUGCGCAAUUCUAUCAAGGAAGCCAUCCUCGCUCACUCGUCUGUUUGAUACAUGGCUCCGAGUCGCCAGCAGGAGUACGCUCCUUCAGUCGAACUGCCAAAUUGUCGCAGGUUUCUUGCGGGAUGGUUUCAAGAUCAGGAUAAGUACUCCAACUUCACUGCUUUAGGCUUUCAGCCCCCCGUUCGACCAGAAACCGCGCGGGUUAACACGUGUCUAGGAAGCUAGUGGGUCAGACGUGCUGAAGCUGACUGAGCUGAGUACGCGUACGCGUUCCGCGACGCAAAAGCGAUUCCUGUGGUGAACGGGGAUCGUCCGACGGAAUACUCCCAAAGGCUCCAAACAUAUCUCGAACGCGUACUGUACUAUCUGAGAGCUUCAUGGCGACAGUCUUCACGGUCGCGGUCGCGGGCGCAACCGGUAACCUCGGCGUACCCGUCGUCGAGCAGUUGGUCGCGGCCCGUUUCGAGGUCAUCAUACUUUCGCGCUCCGACAAGCCCGGCAACCUCCCCUUUGGCGUCACCGUUCGCAAGGUCGACUACGACUCUGUCGCAUCCCUAACCGCAGCGCUCCAGGGCGUCGACGCCGUCGUCUCUACAGUCGCGUACGCCGCGCUCGCAGGGCAGACGAAGAUCAUCGACGCCGCCGUCGCCGCGGGCGUGAAGCGCUUCCUGCCUUCUGAGUUCGGCAACGACCUUCACCCGCCGCUCGAGCGCGCACUGCCCGUCUUCGCGCCCAAGGUCGCGGUGCAGGAGUACCUCGCGAAGGUGGCCGCGGAGACGAGCUUGACGUUCACGAUCGUCAGCACCGGGCCGUGGCUGGACUGGGGCGUUCGCUCGGGUUUCCUACUGGGCCCGCUGAGGGAGCGCAAGGCACAGAUCUUUGACGGGGGAGAGAAGGAGUUCAGUGCGACGAGGUUGGCGACGAUUGGCCGCGGGGUGGUGGGCGUUUUACGGCACUUGGAGGAGACGAAGAACCGGACAGUGUAUUUUUGUGAGACGGUCGUGAGCCAGAGCAAGAUCCUGUCCAUUGCGAAGACGCUCACGCCUGGGGAGGGGUGGACGAUCACAGAGAGCAAGGCGGAGACGGAUCUGAAGGCGAAAGCGGAUGAGAAGCUGGCGAAGGGCUUGUUCGACGUCCAGGCAGCCGUUUGGCUGAUCAAAUACUCGGUGUUCGGCGAGGGGUUCAGCACGCUGUUGAAGAACCUGGACAACGAGUUGCUUGGGAUUAAGAUGAUGACGGACGAAGAGUUACGGGAGAUUGUCCAGUCUGCAUUAUGAUCGCGAUCCUCUAAGGCGGAUUCGGUGUGUAUGGAGAAGUACAAGUAUUCGGGGCAUGUACCGUAAAGUCGCAAAAAGGCGUAUGCUACUGGUGUUUGCUGCAACGAGGGAGAUACGGGACGGCUACUGAGGACCCCCAUAGCAAUCAAAAUCGACUGAGCAUCGGGCGCGUGUGCGUUCGCGUCCGCGGUAUUCGCAGCCGAUGCAGCGAGGCAAGAUCAAGCAUGCGCCGAGCUAUUGCCCAACAGCGGCUGCGUGAGCGAUCGGACUAAAGGCGGCGAGUUCCUGCCGUGCGCGAGACGGCUACUCGGGUCCAUGCAAAAAAUGUAAGCGGAGAUUUCGCUACUGAAACACCAUUAUGCGAGUGUCUAUGCCAGACCGCUGCGGCAAUGAGGAGCGGCGGCAGAGAAUCCGUAGGACGCCGACAUUUUCCCGUACGCCGCGUUGUACUCUUUCUCCUCGCCGUGUGCCACCGUCAUGGCGUGUGGACUGACAUCGCUCUCGGUGCUGUUGCGAGAUCGAAGGCCGAGCGCAGUGCGCAAAGACCGCUUGAACUUCAGCCUCGACGAGUCGGGCAAGGGCGUAGGGGCUGUACCCAUUACGGAAAAUCCGUAGGUGGAUUGCAUCGUGCCAAGCGCAGCGAAGUGGUUUUUCUCCAAAGACGAGGAGGAGAGGGAGAUGGCGGGGCGGCUCGAGGCAUCAGCUUGGUGCCGGGUGAUGGCCGAGGCGGUGGAUGCGAGGACGACGGCGGUAUGCAUCGACAUAGUUGAUCGCAUGGAGUGGGUUUCGAGUAGAUGAAAGCUGAGCUGGAAGGCUG